AUGUGCUUCGCUAUCUGUCCUCGAAACUCACGCACACCCGUCUCCUACGAUCUCGUGGUGAGGGAGAAAUGGUAUCGGGAUGCGACAGUGAUACUCUCCAUCCACCAAAACGAAACACUAUUGACGGGCGGCGUCUACUUCAAGCGUGCCCUCGACACCAACGAGCAAGAAGCUUUUCUGCAGAAGUUCCAUGGAAUGUUCGAGACCCAAUGGUCCCCAAAUGAUAGCCCCUUCCAUAACAAGCGGAAGGAGAUCCGUAGGGUGCGAUCUUUUGAAGUCAGGGAUUCUCCAAUGCCGCCUGACACCAUACUUGCCCGUCGCCUUUAUUGGGCAGCGGCGACGUUCCGAGGCCACUUGGAAACUUCUUGGGACUGGAGGGACAUGCUUCAAAGUAAUUUCGAGGAAUGGAAGAGGGAAAUGGUGCGUAAACUCUGCUUCACGAUAUGA